UAAAGUCAACUACCAUCAGACAAGAUCAUGCAGUAGGAAAUUUUGCUUCCAAAUGAAGGCACCAACAUUUAGAAUUUCUACUUUUAAGGUUCCUGUUACAACUAUAUUAGAUAAGGAAUUAAUCUCCUAAGAAAUCACUAUAUAUUACUCCGAGGAGUUUAGAAGUAAACAGGUUAUUUGUAUACUUGAUCUUAAAUGAGGUAAGAGUGAAGAAACUCAGAACCAUCUCUGGACAACAUCAUUACCCUAUCUCCCUGCCAAACCUGCCCUCUGGAACACUAGAUUUCACCAUAUCUUUUUGGGACUCAUUAUGAACAAAGACAUCUCCCAGGUGUGAAGUUUUUCAUCAUGAGCGGCCUCGGGGACAGUUCAUCCGACCCUGUAAACCCAGACUCACAUAAGAGAAAAGGAUCGCCAUGUGACACACUGGCGUCAAGCACUGAAAAGAGACGCAGGGAACAAGAAAAUAAAUAUUUAGAAGAGCUAGCUGAAUUACUAUCUGCCAACAUCAGUGACAUUGACAGCUUGAGUGUAAAACCAGACAAAUGCAAAAUUUUGAAGAAAACAGUCGAUCAGAUACAGCUAAUGAAGAGAAUGGAACAAGAGAAAUCAACAACUGAUGAUGAUGUACAGAAAUCAGAUAUCUCAUCAAGCAGUCAAGGAGUAAUAGAAAAGGAAUCUUUAGGACCUCUUCUUCUGGAGGCUUUGGAUGGAUUUUUCUUUGUUGUGAACUGUGAAGGAAGAAUUGUAUUUGUGUCAGAGAAUGUGACCAGCUACUUGGGUUACAAUCAGGAAGAAUUAAUGAACACUAGUGUCUACAGCAUACUGCAUGUGGGAGAUCAUGCAGAAUUUGUCAAGAAUCUACUACCAAAAUCACUAGUAAAUGGAGUUCCUUGGCCUCAAGAGGCAACACGCCGAAAUAGCCAUACUUUCAACUGCAGGAUGCUAAUUCACCCUCCAGACGAGCCAGGUACAGAAAACCAAGAAGCUUGCCAGCGGUAUGAAGUAAUGCAGUGUUUCACUGUGUCACAGCCAAAGUCAAUUCAAGAAGAUGGAGAAGUACAUGAGAAUUACCAGUCUUGUCUAGUUUAUAUGAGCAUUCGAUAGGAAGCACCUCCUAAGCUAUUAUAAAUGUAAACUUUCAUUCUUUUUGUAGGUAAAAUCAUCUCUAUUGACACUAGUUCCCUAAGAGCUGCUGGCAGAACUGGCUGGGAAGAUUUAGUGAGGAAAUGCAUUUAUGCUUUUUUCCAACCUCAGGGCAGAGAGCCAUCUUAUGCCAGACAACUGUUUCAAGAAGUGAUGACUCGUGGCACUGCCUCCAGCCCAUCUUAUAGAUUCAUAUUGAAUGAUGGGACAAUGCUUAGCGCCCACACCAAGUGUAAACUUUGCUACCCUCAAAGUCCAGACAUGCAACCUUUCAUCAUGGGAAUUCAUAUCAUCGACAGGGAACACAGCGGGCUUUCUCCUCAAGAUGACACUAAUUCUGGAAUAUCAAUUCCCCGAGUAAACCCCUCAGUCAAUCCUAGUAUUUCUCCAGCUCAUGGUGUGGCCCGUUCCUCUACCUUGCCACCAUCUAACAGCAACAUGGUUUCCACCAGAGUCAACCGUCAGCAGAGCUCAGACCUUCACAGCAACAACAGUCACAGUAAUUCUAGCAACAGCCAAGGGAGUUUUGGAUGUUCACCUGGAAAUCAGAUUGUAGCCAAUGUUGCCUUAAACCAGGGACAAGCCAGUUCUCAGAGCAGUAAUCCCUCUUUAAAUCUCAACAGUUCUCCUAUGGAAGGUACAGGAAUUUCCCUAGCACAGUUCAUGUCUCCAAGGAGGCAGGUUAAUUCUGGCUUGGCAACAAGGGCCAGGAUGCCAAACAAUUCGUUUCCUCCAAAUAUUCCAACCUUAAACUCCCCAGUUGGCAUUACAAGUGGUGCCUGUAGUAAUAACAACCGAUCUUAUUCAAACAUCCCGGUAACAUCUUUACAGGGUAUGAAUGAAGGACCCAGUAACUCUGUUGGCUUCUCUGCCAGCUCUCCAGUCCUCAGGCAGAUGAGCUCACAGAAUUCACCUAGCAGAUUAAAUAUACAACCAGCAAAAGCUGAGUCCAAAGAUAACAAAGAGAUUGCAUCCAUUUUAAAUGAAAUGAUUCAAUCUGACAACAGCACUACUGAUGGCAAACCUCUGGAUUCUGGGCUUCUGCAUAACAAUGACAGACUGUCAGAUGGAGACAGUAAAUACUCUCAGACCAGCCACAAACUAGUACAGCUAUUGACAACAACUGCAGAGCAGCAGUUGCGGCAUGCUGAUAUAGACACAAGCUGCAAAGAUGUACUGUCCUGCACAGGCGCUUCCAACUCUGCUUCUGCUAACUCUUCAGGAGGUACUUGUCCCUCCUCUCACAGCUCACUGACCGAACGGCACAAAAUUCUACACCGGCUUUUACAGGAGGGUAGCCCUUCCGAUAUCACCACUUUGUCUGUUGAGCCUGAUAAAAAGGACAGUUCAUCUACUUCUGCGUCAGCAACUGGACAGGCCCAAGGGAACUCCAGUAUAAAACUAGAACUGGAUGCUUCAAAGAAAAAAGAAUCAAAAGACCAUCAGCUCCUGCGCUACCUUUUAGAUAAAGAUGAGAAAGAUUUAAGAUCAACUCCAAACCUGAGUUUGGAUGAUGUAAAGGUGAAAGUGGAGAAGAAAGAACAGAUGGAUCCUUGUAACACAAACCCUACCCCAAUGACCAAACCUGCUCCUGAGGAAAUUAAACUGGAGUCUCAGAGCCAGUUUACGGCUGAACUCGACCAGUUUGAUCAGUUGCUGCCCACGCUGGAGAAGGCAGCACAGUUGCCAACCUUGUGUGAAACAGACAGGAUGGAUGGUGCAGCUUCCAAUGUCAACAUCAAGUCAGAGAUCCUGCCAGCUUCACUUCAGUCCACCACUGUCAGGCCCACGUCCAGGCUAAACAGAUUGCCUGAGCUAGAAUUGGAAGCAAUUGAUAACCAGUUUGGACAACCAGGAACAGGCGGUCAGAUUCCAUGGGCAAAUAAUGCUGUGACACCUGUAAACCAGAGUAAACCAGAAGACCAGUGUAUUAGUUCACAGUUAGAUGAGCUUCUCUGUCCACCAACAACAGUGGAAGGAAGAAAUGAUGAGAAGGCUCUUCUGGAACAGCUGGUAUCCUUCCUCAGUGGCAAAGAUGAAACUGAGCUCGCUGAACUAGACAGAGCAUUGGGAAUUGACAAACUUGUUCAGGGGGGUGGAUUAGAUGUAUUAUCAGAGAGAUUUCCACCCCAACAAGCAACACCACCUUUGAUGAUGGAAGAAAGACCCAACCUCUAUUCCCAGCCUUACUCAUCUCCUUCUCCUACUGCCAGUCUCCCUAGCCCUUUCCAAGGCAUGGUCAGGCAGAAGCCCUCACUGGGGACUAUGCCUGUUCAAGUAACACCUCCCCGAGGAGCUUUUUCACCCAGCAUGGGCAUGCAGCCCAGGCAAACUCUAAACAGACCUCCAGCUGCACCUAACCAACUUCGACUUCAGCUACAACAGCGGUUACAAGGACAACAGCAGUUGUUACACCAGAACCGGCAAGCAAUCUUGAACCAGUUUGCAGCAGCUGCUCCUGUUGGCAUCAACAUGAGAUCUAGCAUGCAGCAACAAAUUACACCCCAGCCACCCCUGAAUGCUCAGAUGUUGGCACAGCGUCAGCGGGAGUUGUACAGUCAGCAGCACCGACAGAGACAGCUAAUACAGCAGCAAAGAGCAAUGCUCAUGAGGCAACAAAGCUUUGGGAACAACCUCCCUCCCUCAUCUGGACUGCCAGUUCAAAUGGGGAACCCCCGUCUUCCUCAGGGUGCUCCACAGCAAUUCUCCUAUCCCCCAAACUAUGGUACAAAUCCAGGAACCCCACCGGCUUCUACUAGCCCGUUUUCUCAACUGGCAGCCAAUCCUGAAGCAUCCUUAGCUGGCCGCAGUGGCAUGGUAAACAGAGGCAUGGCAGGAAACAUGGGAGGACAGUUUGGCACUGGCAUCAGUCCUCAGAUGCAGCAGCAUGUCUUCCAGUAUCCAGGAUCAGGAAUGGUUCCCCAAGGCGAGACCAACUUUGCCCCAUCUCUCAGCCCUGGGAGCUCCAUGGUGCCGAUGCCGAUUCCUCCUCCUCAGAGCUCUCUGCUCCAGCAAGCACCACCCUCUGCUGGGUACCAGUCACCAGACAUGAAGGCCUGGCAGCAAGGAGCAAUAGGAAACAACAAUGUGUUCAGUCAAGCUGUCCAGAGCCAGCCCACACCUGCACAGCCAGGAGUGUACAACAAUAUGAGCAUCACCGUGUCCAUGGCAGGUGGAAACACAAAUGUGCAAAACAUGAACCCAAUGAUGGGCCAGAUGCAGAUGAGCUCCUUGCAGAUGCCAGGAAUGAAUACUGUGUGCCCUGAGCAGAUGAACGAUCCAGCAGUAAGACACACAGGCCUCUACUGCAACCAGCUUUCAUCCACUGACCUUCUUAAAACAGAAGCAGAUGGAACACAGCAGGUGCAACAGGUUCAGGUGUUUGCUGACGUCCAGUGUACAGUGAAUCUGGUAGGCGGGGACCCUUACCUGAACCAGCCUGGUCCACUGGGAGCUCAAAAACCCACAUCAGGACCACAGACCCCCCAGGCCCCGCAGAAGAGCCUCCUUCAGCAGCUACUGACUGAAUAACCACUUUUAAAGGAAUGUGAAACUUAAAAAAUAGACAUACAGAGAUAUAAAAAUAUAUUAUAUAUUUUUCUGAGAUUUUUGAUAUCUCAAUCUGCAGCCAUUCUUCAGGUCGUAGCAUUUGGAGCAAAAAACAAAACAAAACAGUUCACUUUUGUUGGGAGAUUGAGAGACGGUUUGUUUCUUUCUUUCUUUGUAAAGGCCUUGGAUAUUGGAAAAAAUAACAAGGCAGACAGUUGGACAAUCUAUUUCUUGAGCCAAAUUUAAUUAUUCUUAUUUUUGUAAUCAGUCAUUGGCUUCUUAUCUGGAUGAAGGCUUUUGGAGAAGAACCAAAAUGACAAGUUCUAAGGGGAAGACAAAGCUGUGCCUCGCUAGCUCAGUCCUGACCCCGCCCAGGAAGGAGGGCCUGUGUGACUUUGCUUGUGUCCGUCCACCAAGGCUGUCAUGUUCCUCACAACCAACAGCCCUUCCCACCCCCACCCCUAGGCAGCUCGUGUGUACAAUCAGCUUCUUCUAGCAACUCGUAUCUGUUGGCUUCAAGAGAAUACUUCACCUCCACAAAUGUAUCCCUUCUCCCCUUCUUAAAGAUGGAUUUAAACCAAGUUGCCUCCAGAAAGGAGGAUGGCAUACUCACAGAGGAAUCCAAAAAUAUGGUUUGGGGAAAAUGCAAUAAUUUUGAUGAGAUGAUUGCAGGACACAAAAUGAGUUCUGUCAAUUAUUGUAGAUACAAUUUUCUUAUUAAAUCUGGGGCUGGGGGAAGGCAGCCUGUUCUUUCUGCUUUUGUGUUAACCGCUGAAGUAGCUCAAGUUAUUUAAAAUAAAAUAAAAUUUAUGCUCCAAGUAGCUUAUUUUUCCCUUAAAUCUCACUGUAAAUAUAUUUGAUUUCUUGUAGAAAUUGAUUUCCUUUUGUUUAAUUUUAUGCUUUUAUGAUCAUACUCUUGAUUUUUCUAAACUUGUGUGUGAAAUAUAACAUUAAUUGGAUUGCAGUUACAUUUGGCUAGUAAUAUUUUAUUAUUUUAGUAACUAUGAUGCCAUGUGUGGAUUUGCAUUGGGGCUCAGAGCAAAGUGCCAGUGCCAGAAAGAGCUGCUACAGCUGAGCUGGUGCAGACUGCCCGGAGCAUCUGGGAUCACUGACCAGAGGUGCACAAGUCACUUGUACAGAGGGAAAUUAGUGCUCAAAGAAAAUCUGCUCUCUUUUUUUUGUAAUUAGAUUGACUUUGGGAAAUUGAAUUUCCAUCAGUGCAAAUAACAGUAGGUCUAUCCUGCUCUGAGGCUCGUUGGCACCAUGUUUUCCCUUUGUGUCUUUGUCACUCUGCCACAUCCCAUCUCAUCCUGGCCUCUUGAGAAAGGAGCCAGUGAACUGACUCAAUCUAAAAGUUCCACCACAGGCCAGGCAAACUUGAGGAAGUCAUUGUGGAAAACAAAGGUGACCCCCAUCGCUCUCCUUGAUCUGCAUCCCUGGGCCUGUGAACGAUGACAGCGCUGAUCUUCUGUACCAGCUACCUCUGUCUGCAUGGCAGAGAAAAGGCCAUAAGAACCAAUGUGGAUGAGGAGCAUGGACUCAGACUUCAAGGAAGAAGCCAUUUCCCCAGGUCCUUCUUUCUGCAUCUUACCACCCCUACUAUAGAUAACUCCAUCAAACAGCAUCUAUUCAGAAACUAUGCCGAAUUUCAAAAUUGCUGGAAGGGCUCAUGUGGGUAGCAACUAUGAAACAGAAAUAGGACACUCAGUUACAAACAUUAUCUCAUUUUAGUUUUUCUGAAAAUGCAUCCCUGGUUUCAUUCAUUUCCAGCUUGAAAGCUCAGCCAUACUAUAGACCCUAACCAAACUGCUUUAGGAAGUCUUUUCCAUUUUGUUUGUGAUACUCGGAUGUGCAGACUUCAGGAAGUUCACCUUCAACUCAGCAUUCCAGAUGAAGUUUCCUGACUCAGCGCUUUUUGCAGAAGGAACUAGAAAGCAAAGCAGUAAGGAAAAAUUGGAGAUGCUAAACAUCCUCCCCCAUCCCAACUGCACCUUAAAGUAUGCAUGUCACCUUCAAGGUUUUAUAAUUGCACUGUUUGUUUUAUGUAUGUACAGAUUAAAAUUAUUGCUACAUUUGAGGAAAAUACAAUUGCUUGCUUCUAUGUAAUCCUGUCAUUCCACAGGAAAUCCACUUUUCCAGCUACUGAAUAGAAUUUGUUUAACAACCUCA